AGAGUUUUCGGGGAGUUGCUGGACAGCCAUUGCAGUGUCGUGGCUCAGUAACAAAACACGAAGGAGGAGAGAAGGACCUGGCAUUUUGCAGGCUCUCUGAUUUUUUUGAGCGAGUGACCAAUUUACAUGAGUAUUAGAGCGAACAUACUCGUUAUAUUAAUCUACACCUAGAUAACGGGAUUCAACAGCUCCGGAUAUGUCAUUCCUAUUGGAGUGGAUUUCUAGCGGUUUCAAUAGCGUACUACAGUUUUUAGGACUGUAUAAGAAAUCCGGCAAGUUAGUAUUUCUUGGCCUGGACAAUGCUGGCAAAACGACGCUACUGCACAUGCUCAAAGAUGACAGAUUGGGACAGCAUGUGCCAACUUUACACCCAACCUCAGAAGAGCUGACGAUUGCUGGUAUGACUUUCACCACCUUUGACCUUGGAGGCCACGCACAAGCCCGCAGGGUGUGGAAAAACUACCUCCCUGCCAUCAAUGGCAUUGUCUUCCUUGUGGAUUGUGCAGACCACGGGAGAUUGGGUGAAUCAAAAGCAGAACUUGAUGCAUUAAUGACAGAUGAGACCAUCGGAAAUGUGCCUAUUCUGAUUCUGGGCAACAAGAUUGACAGGCCAGAAGCCAUCAGCGAGGAGAGGCUGAGGGAAAUUUUCGGAUUGUACGGACAGACGACAGGAAAGGGCAACAUUCCCUUGAAGGAGCUGAACACAAGACCACUGGAGGUGUUCAUGUGCAGUGUGUUGAAGAGGCAGGGCUACGGCGAGGGCUUCCGCUGGCUCUCCCAGUACAUCGACUAAAGAAGCCAAGCCCCGUGACACACUGACACCACCACCGCCACCACGAUUAUCAGGGCGAGCGCUAAAUCCAACCAUUCGAGUCGCCCACCGUUGCCACCAGUACCAUCAUGCUCAGCCCCACUCUCGGUUAAUCAAGUCUACAUCCACCUUCAGAGAAACCAGUACAACUUGAUCCCAAUAGACUUUUAUUGGUCGAACAUUUGGUUCUGCACUUACAACAUUCAUACCUGUACGCGAACACAGUUGUUUCCAUCGCUCGCUUUUUUUUUUUCUCUUCCCCUCUCUUUGAAAGAGUAACAUAGCAUUGGUUCCACAGCAAAGGGUGUUCAAAUUCAAGCGGAUGAAUCUUUUCUAUGUUGUCUGUCCUUUGCUGCCCCUUUCUCCCUCGCUUCCUGCCAUCUGUUGAUAAUGAUGAUAGAUGCAUUAUAAGUGUAAAACUGUACAUGAUUCCAUUUAUAUAAUCAACAAUCCAAUGCCUCUCCCCCACCCCCCUCUUCAACAACAUAUGUUGAGCAAUGAGAGAGAGCAACAUAGUUGUAUACAUUGCAGUACACUUUUUUAACAGUAAAGACAUUCAACAUCGUAUUUAAUCGCAGUGUUUUUGUUUGUCUUUUUUUUUUUUUGCUUUCCCCACAUGGUUUCAAUAAAUAAAUGAAUUGGCCACAUGUACACCCCCCACUCUAUACAUGUGGCUGUUUUACCCAUUUAUUAAAA